AUGUCUACAGAGACUCUACCCCUUCCCCUUCCUUAUCAGUCCCAAAUUCUCACAGACAUUCUUUCCACUUCUGCUCUUUUGAUUCUCGCUAGGGGAUUAGGAAUUCGCCGGAUAAUGUGCGCAGUAAUGAAAUUAUAUUCUGGGCCCGAGACUUUAGUGAUACUGUUGAAUACUCCGCCACGCGAGGAAGAGCUUAUUAAGGAAGAAUUAUUGGGAAUGGGUGUUGGCAGACCUGGAUUGAGAAUUGUCAAUAAUGAAUUAAGCGCAAAAGAAAGAACUGACCUCUAUUUAUCGGGCGGAAUAUUCUCGGUUACAUCUCGUAUUCUUAUAGUAGAUAUAUUGACUAAACGAAUAUCAGUCGAAAAGAUCACAGGAAUAAUAGUCAACCAUGCUGAGAGAGUGACGGAGACUUCUACUGAAGCGUUUAUUCUGAGGAUAUUUCGACAAGAGAAUGAGAAUGGUUUUAUCAAGGCCUUUUCAGACUCACCGGAGGCCUUUGUGACUGGGUUCUCACCUCUUCAGACUACAAUGCAGUGUCUUCAGCUUCGAACAGUCUUCAUUUGGCCACGUUUUCACGUUACAGUGAGAGAAAGCCUCGAAAGUCGCAAGGCAGACGUUGUGGAAUUGUUACAACCGCUGUCAGAUAACAUGUCUCACAUCCAAUCUGCUAUCGUGGAAUGUAUGGAGGCGUGUUUAUCCGAGUUGAAAAAGGCAAACAGAUCCAUAGACGUUGAAGAAUUGACAAUAGAAAACGCGAUGUUUCGCUCAUUUGAUAAAUUAGUACGACACCAGCUAGAUCCUAUAUGGCACCGCGUUAGCAGUAAAACUAAACAGAUGAUUGGAGACCUUAAUAUCUUACGUAAAUUAUUAUCGUAUCUUGUUACUUACGAUUGCGUUACAUUUAACAGUUUUUUGGAAAUGAUAAUUGCAAGUAACACUCCAACGUCUGUUAUGUCUCAGCAACAGUCGCCAUGGCUAUUCACCGAUUCUGCCAAUGCUAUAUUUACUCUUGCCAAAGAGCGUGUAUAUAUCCGAAAAUCAAAUGCAGAUGAGGAUUCAUCAGGAUCGAGCGAUAAUUUUGACUUUCCUUCAUUCGUCGAACCGGUUCUUGAGGAACUGCCGAAAUGGAGACUGUUGAGCGACGUCCUGUACGAGAUAGAACAUGAAACGGAAGCAAUCAAUGCAAAAAAUAUUGAUGACGGUGAUAAAUCAAACGUAAUCUUAAUAAUGGCUGGAUCUGAACGCACAUGCUCACAAUUACGCGAAUAUUUAACUGUUACGAAUCACGGGCAGCAUGACAUAGGAGGGAGCAAUCUCAUGCUUAAAGAUUUACUCCGCAAUUAUUUCAGAUGGAAAGGUGCCAUCCCCAAUGUUAACGAGAAGUUAUUUAAGAAAGAUGAUGAGGGAACGAGUGAAAAUGCGGCUGAAACCGAUGAAGGAGGUAUAAAACAGAAAUACCAUCGAGGACGGCCACCACCAUACAAAAGGCGACGCGUGCGGGGAGGUUCUUCUUCAGCUGCGUCAUCAUCUCGACCCACGCCAUCUACCAUUGAAGAGGAAACAAAAGAAAUUGUCUCAUUGGCUGGUACAGCGCCGACAGUCACUUCACCUUCACACCAUUCUUCAUACUAUAAUGACGAAUUCGAUGCAGAAGCGUUCGCACAAUAUUUCGACGUGAUCUCACCCGACUCGUUAGUCAUUAUCCGUCCAUAUUCGAAUGACGAUGAUGAUCGGUUACUGGAAACGGUGAAGCCAAAGUUUAUCGUGAUGUAUCAACCCGAUAUCGGUUUUAUACGACGUGUUGAGGUCUUUCGUGCUUCCAAUCCCGGACGAAAUACUCGAGUUUAUUUUCUAAUGUACGAAAACUCGGUUGAAGAACAGAUUUAUUUGAGUAGUAUAAGGAUGGAGAAGGAAGCGUUUGAGAAAAUAAUUAGAGAAAAGUCGAUAAUGGCAAUUCCACUCGGACAAAGUGCUGCCAAAUCUAUUAGCCCAGAUGACGCGUUUCUCCGAACCAUCAACACCCGUGUUGCUGGUGGGCGUUCUCUUAAUUACGAAACCAAAGUGAUUGUUGAUGUUCGUGAAUUUCGUAGUUCACUUCCUUCAAUUCUUCAUGCAUGCGGAAUGACAAUUGUUCCGUGCACUCUCCAAGUGGGUGAUUAUAUUCUCUCGCCUAGGAUGUGCGUUGAGAGAAAGAGCGUGUCAGACUUGAUAGGGUCUCUGAAUUCUGGCAGAUUAUAUACCCAAUGUGAAGCAAUGUCAAUGUAUUACAAAGAGCCAAUUUUAUUGAUCGAGUUUGACCAAAAUAAGGCAUUCACUUUGCAAGGAGUCAGCGACCUGAAAGCUGAUAUUGGGGUGACGGAUCUCUCUUCGAAGCUUGUCCUCCUCACACUCGCAUUCCCGCGUCUUGCAAUUAUCUGGUCAUCUAGUCCCCACGCCACUGUUGAAAUAUUUGAAGAUUUAAAAAAAUCCCAUGAAGAACCCGACGCUGAAAAGGCCAUGGCAAUUGGAGUAGAAGAAGGAGAGGAAAUCGAUUCUAUGUAUAAUGUGAAUUCUCAGGAUGUCUUGCGUGCUCUGCCCGGAAUUACAUCCAAAAAUUAUAAACGUGUCAUGACGCAGGUGGAAAAUUUAAAAGAGUUGAGCGAAAUGACAUUGGAACAGUGUCAGAAAUUAAUCGGAGAUAAUAAUGGAAAGAUGCUGUAUGAGUUUUUCAGAAAUAAUGUUAAGGACUAA